GCAGUUGAAAAGGCCACAGUCGUGUAACUGAGCUCUUCCUGGUGGGGCGGUCUCAGAGGUGGGGCCAGCGCCAGUGAGCAACGUUUGGCAGAGGCAGUAGCAGUGCCGUGCGUGCGCGCGCGGGCAAGGGAGCAAGGGAGAGAGUCUGAAAGAGCUACGCCGUGAGGCAGGAGGAAUGCUCCGCGUGUGACCGCGGCCAGAGACUGUGAGACCCCGCAGAAUGACCUGCAGCGUGCCGGGGGCUGCCUCUGAGCGCACGCACACGCGCAGGCACGCGUCCAGCGAUGUGAGAGGUCCGUGCUAAAGACGUGCCUUUUCCUGACAUCCGCUGCUGCUUGAAGCCACUGCUAGGGCGGUCUUCUCGCUUGCCUUGCUUACCGCCGGUGCCACUGCGAGGACGGCCCUUCCCACCCAGCACCAGCCAGCGCCACACGCUCCCGCUACAGCCUGCCCGCACGCUGGUCUGGAACCUAACGCUGGAGCGAGAGAGGAGGCGUUCUCGUGCACACCGCCCGUGUCCCUCUCACUGCCGCGCCCCUCAAUAAUGAGUUCCACCAUCGGGCCACUAGGGCAGUUCAGCUGAGGAGACUGUGAACACAACCAGGACCAACCCGCAGCGGCCUAUCGGACAGGCUUGGAGGAUGGGACACUGUUCGUAGGCGAGUCCUGGGUGCUGUUCCCCCUGCCUGACAGAGCGUCACCCUGCAGAAGCCGCCUCUGAAACGCAGACAAACACUUUGCCUCCUUUUUUACACGUUAACUUGAUUUUUUUCACUUUAGUGCCAUUUUUCCAAAGUUGAUCUCUCGCACAGACAUACACACACGUGCACGCACACCAUCUCAGGCCUUGCGGAUCCCCUCUCACUCGGGCCUGAAGAGAGCAAGUGGCCACCAUGGCGGUGAACGUGGCUCCUGUGCGGGAUACCAAGUGGCUCACGCUGGAGGUGUGCCGUGAGUUCCAGAGGGGCACUUGCUCACGGCCAGACAGCGAGUGUAAAUUUGCACACCCCGCCAAGAGCUGCCAGGUGGAGAACGGCAGGGUGAUCGCCUGCUUCGACUCUCUCAAAGGACGAUGCUCCAGAGAGAACUGCAAGUACCUGCACCCCCCUCCGCACCUGAAGACCCAGCUGGAGAUCAAUGGGCGCAACAACCUGAUCCAGCAGAAGAACAUGGUCAUGUUGGCGCAGCAGAUGCAGCUGGCCAACGCCAUGAUGCCAGGCACACAGCUGCAGCCAGUGCCCAUGUUCUCGGUGACCCCCAGUCUGGCGACCAAUGCCUCGGCAGCGGCAGCAGCAGCGGCGUUUAGCCCGUACCUGGGGCCGGUGUCGCCAGGCCUCAUGCAGACGGAGAUCCUGCCCAGCGCGCCUGUACUGGUGGCCAGCACUCCGAGCGUCCCUGUCCCCACCGCCAGCGCUGCCGCCCAGAAGCUCAUGAGAACAGACCGGCUGGAGGUGUGUCGGGAGUACCAGAGAGGGAACUGCACUCGGGGUGAGAAUGACUGCCGCUUCGCGCACCCCUCCGACAGCACCAUGAUCGACACCAAUGACAACACGGUCACCGUGUGUAUGGACUACAUAAAGGGCCGCUGCUCGCGUGAGAAGUGCAAGUACUUCCACCCCCCAGCCCACCUACAGGCCAAGAUCAAGGCCGCCCAGCACCAGGUCAACCAGGCUGCCGCCGCCGCCGCAAUGACUCAGUCGGCUGUCAAAUCACUGAAGCGACCCCUCGAGGCAACCUUUGACCUGGGAAUCCCUCCCGGAGUCCUGCCCCCUUUACCAAAGAGACCCGCUCUGGAGAAAGCCAAUGGUGCCACUGCCAUGUUCAACGCUGGCAUGUUCCAGUAUCAGCAGGCCCUCGCCAAUAUGCAGUUCCAGCAGCAGGCCGCCUUCAUCCCGUCAGGCUCAAUAUUGUGCAUGACACCUGCAACAAGUGUUGUUCCCAUGAUGCACGGUGCUACGCCAGCCACUGUGUCUGCAGCAACCACGUCUGCCACAAGUGUUCCCUUCGCAACCGCCACAGCCAAUCAGAUUCCAAUAAUAUCUGCAGAUCAUCUGACUAGUCACAAGUAUGUGGCUCAGCUGUAGAAACUCCACCCUGAACAAUCAUCCUGAAGUGUGCAGGUGUCCCAUUCCCGACAGACAUUGGCCCUUCAUAACAUCGAAGAACCACGCUGAGAUCAACACAAGACGGAUAGGAAGACCCCACGCCCAACUGAAGCCCCUCCCUCUCCCGGAAUUCCGACAACGUGGUGUCUUGCCGUGGCGGGGCUAGGACCCCACACCCCGACCCUACCCUCAGUGUGCCGGUGUGAGCUGCGCGGGCUGCACUGUCUGCCUUUCCCUUCCAUCUGCGCAGGGCUGCUCAGGCCGGCGGCCACAUUGGCGCAAAGCCCCGCCCCCCUGCACACACAUCCAGGAGCGUCCGACCGCAGAGGUGUCAGGCGAGCGCAGCGGUACAGCAGUAGACCAAGAAAUGCUUCUCUUUUCAUUUGUUCCUUUGUUUGUUUUAAAUCAAAAUCUUUCUUUCAUGGUUUACAAAAAAAAAAAAAACAAGAAAAAACAAAGGUGCACCUUGUAUUUAAACGAAACGGGAAUAUAGAAUAUAAAUGCCAUAUAAGAUGAGUUGUGCAUGCACAGUGUUCUUAAGUGUUUGUACGGAUUCUGUUCAAUAAGCAAAGUAGAUUGUAUGGAAGGAGCGGGUGCGAGGUGACGAAACAGAUGAAUGUUUAGGGUACGAAACACACGAGUGUCCUUGGUGAAGCACAUCGAAGCUUUAAAGACGGGGCUCUAGGACCCAAGUGCCAUUGACUGUACACCCCAGACUAGUGUUAUUCCAGCAGUGUUACUGAGCACCGCCUCCCCGGUGUUUUCUGUUCUCUACCUGUCAUUUGACUCGAUCGAUCGCUUUAUCGUUUGUCAGAGGCCUUCACUGAAGACGCGUCGGCGAUGACGUGGGGCGUCAGCCCAGGGGUCUCGACCCAAUGCCUUACCGUGGCUGCACUUCCUCUCUGCUCUCCGCUUCCUCGCGGUACAGCACGGCGAGGUGGGCGGGGAGACAGGGGGGUGGCGUGGCGCGGCGCGGCGCCUCGCUGCACGCAGCACCAAGGAGGCACUCGCUACAGACGCACGCGCCGUAAACCAAAUUGCCGAGCAGAUGCUGAAAGUAGUUACAGGGUUGGAUGUGAAUUUGAUGACUAUUUUACUGGCUUUUACUUUGCUGUCGUUACGAUGACUUUAUUGUUGUGUGCGACGCGGCGGCGGUGUGUCCCGGUGAAGGAGCGCCGUGAGAGGCGUCGCCCAGUGGCUCUUACUGAUUACUGAUUGUAUUGUACAUCCGGUGAAGCCUUAGAUCCCACCUGGGGCUCAAUGCCGUCACCUGGAACCGCAAUCACGGCGUCACCACACUGUACAGUGUACUCUGUACUCGUUGUACUCCGCUGUGCUCCUCGCGCGCGCGCGCGCACACACACACACAAACACACGCUUUAUUACACCUUUCGCUUCCCUCUUUGUUUCUCUCUCUCAUUGCAUUUAUACACUUCUGUUUGUUUUCUUACAUUUUGAUUUUAUAUUACUUACAAGUUGGAUACUGUUGUAAUAUUUAGUUAGUGGAUUUCUGUCUCAUUAGAUUUUGCCGAUAACUUUUGUAGAAUAUGAAAUAUUAGAAAAUGUGUUCUUCAUACCAUACUCAUAGUUUUAAAUUUACAUGUAGUGUCAGUUUAAGUAUUAGUAUUAUUGUUUAUUGUAAACUAAAUGAUUUUUAUUUUUAGUGAAUUGUAAGAAUGUCGGUCAUUUUUCAUUGUCUGUUUGAAUUCUUUGAACAAAGAUCUUUUAUAUGGAUAUCUUACGAUGAGGAAAUCGUUCCUAAGAAAGGUCUUGUUGCUGUGGCAACGGCUCUGGUGGACAAUUGCGUAAAAUUUUAAUGAUUUAUGGUUUGUAAUUAGUCACUAUUAGAAGAGGAAAAAAAUGAAUAAAAUGUCUAGCUCUUAGAUGUUAGAGUAAAAGUUAUUUUCUACUGUAUCCAUUUGAAAUAGUGAACUAUUGUUUUAAUAUUUUUAAAAUCCCUGGAUGUCUUGUUUAUAAAAGCUGCGUAACGGACGGCUCUCGGUGUCGACGGGAGCUGAGGCUGCAGGCGAGCAGGUAGAACUUAAGGGACGAAGGUUGACUUUUUUGCACUUCUGUACAUAGUCAAAAAAGAGAGAAAACAUGUAUAAUAUUGAGAUCUUAUUUUGAAUAAAAAAUGUCUAUAAUAAUGAGGAAUUUUGUUAGGUUAACUAAAAAAAGACUAAAGACAGGCUGAACAAAACUGCUUGCGAAAGCGCCGCGGAGGCGUCGAGCUUCGGCCUGCUCCGGAAAAGGCCAAACGUCGCUCUGCUUUCUGCGCAGCGGCUUGUAGUUCGCCCGGAAGCCCGGUGGGGGUGAGCGGCGCCCCCCACAGGUCACCCGACUGACCGGUUAGCGUCCGGCUGCCUUGCCUGCCGUAACACAGGUGUGGCCGGACCACGCCCGUCCCGGUCCAACCAUAUAAAAACUUCUGUUUCUUAGGUAGUCAGAGAGGAUUGCAUGUUUGAGGCGACAUACAAAAUCAACAAAUAAAUACAAAUUUUAUAGAGCAGAGCAUAUUUAAAGGAUAAUAUCGAAAUAAUGGACUAAGACAAAACAGGAUAACAAAAGCAAAUAUGUGUUUAAAAGUUACAAACUAAGGUAAAACUCAUAAGUUUCAUUAGUUCAGGAGUAUUAACAGACUGAAAACACACACACACACACACACACACACACACACACAGACACACACACACACAAGCACACGCGCGCACAUGCACACACCGUAGCUGUAGUGGUCACAUGAUUAUUUAUAUAUUUUCAGUUGUGCUUUUAGCAGAUGAAAGAAAUGAGGAACGCGGAGGAACCUCCGUUGAAAUACUUGUUCAGCGGAGAAGGAUGGCGUCCCGUGUUUGGGUUCAGCGACCCAACUUUCACCCUCUCAUCUGCUCAAAGCACACGUCUGGGGUUCAAGCAGCGCGUAACCAGACCUGCCGACAUUUCUUCUGCUUGUAGUUGCUAAAAAAAGACAAUGUAUUCUGUCCUCUGCUGCAAUUUGUUUUAUGCUAAUUUUAUUAUCAAUGCUAUAUUUGAUUCUUGCUGUUAUGAAUUUAAAAGAUAAAAAAUAUAUUAAUAAAAAUAAAGUGGA